AUGGACGACGAAGAGGCUCCCCGGUCAUUCAACGGCAGCUUGGACAAAUUCAUCCAUUCCCCCGGUGCAACACCUAGUGCAUCGCCGGUCAAGUCGCUGAAACGCAAAAUCGGCAUCAAAGAGGAAGACGAAGACGCCGAAGAUGAGAAGAAGGUCCUGUUGGCGCCUGUGUCGCCCCGGAAGACUCGCUCGUCCAAGUCUCUGACGCAGUCGACUCUGGUAUCGAUGUCCAGGCCGUCCAGGCAAAGUACCCGGUCAGCUCCUCCACGAACAUCCAGGAAUGCCAGCAGUGACACCCCCAUAAAGGCGGAAGAUGAUGCAUCAACAGCGUCAGAAUCAUCCAGGGGACCUGUCUCUCGCCUCAGGGACUCUAUACCGGAGAACCUCAUCCUGUUGCUCAUCGGCGUCAACCCGGGCAUCAUGACCGGCCAGACAGGAUAUGCAUACGCUCACCCGUCGAACCUGUACUGGCGCCUCCUGCACUCUUCAGGGAUAACUACCUUCCGCCAUCCGCCGUCGGAUACAUACCGCAUGCCGGAGCUCUACUGUAUCGGCAACACAAACAUCGUGGUGCGUCCUACGCGCGAUGCAAGCCAGCUAUCAAAGGAGGAGAUGAACGCUGGAGUGCCCGUGCUGGAAGAGAAGAUUGCGCGGUUCCGGCCUGAGGCUGUCUGUCUUGUAGGAAAGGGCAUAUGGGAGGCUGUCUGGCGAGUGAAGCAUGGGCGGAAUAUCAAAAAGGAGGAGUUCAAGUACGGAUGGCAGGACGAAGAGGAGAAUAUGGGACGGGUUAGGCCAGUGGUUGGAGGCAGCAGUCGAGAUGCAUGGCCCGGUGCGAGGGUGUUUGUAGCCACAACCACCAGCGGGCUGGCAGCAUCGAUGAGUCUGGCUGAGAAGGAGGCUAUCUGGGCCGAGCUAGGGUCCUGGGUAAAGGCACGAAGAGCGGCUAGGGGGUUUGUUCUACCCACCAUGAGCCAGGCGUUAGGGACUUUGGAUAAUUAG